GGUGAAAGUGAAACAGUUACACUUACAACUCACUAUCGGAGUAGCGGCCUCCUAGUACUACACCCAGAUUGUAAUUUUUAUUGUUCUUUAUUCUUUGUUCCUCUUCCUUUGCAGGUCCAGAUCCAGAGUAUUGUUUUUAGUUAGUAGCACACCGCCGCAAGCAUCAUGAGAGAUCAGACGAACCGGCAUAGUUGUACCUCUCGCGGAUGGCUAGCCCUAGGUGCAGCUACAAGAACCUGCUUCAUCUUGAGCAGUGGCAGUACGCAGGAAAACAACCCGAGUCUCCUGUUCGUCGCGGGUAUUCAGGCCAAAAUCUCCUCGGCCCGACAAGCUGGAAGCCCACUGUCCCUGGGGUCAAAUGAUCGCGGAAAUAGGGCGAAGACAGCAAAGAAGGCAAGACAAGCAGGCGUCAAGCUCCCGGUCGUCGCCAUCAAGGAGGAAGACGGAGAUUCAUCGUUUGCAGACGAAAGAACCAAACUAAACGAUCAGCUCCCGCUGCUAAAGAAAACUGCUGCAAAACCGGUUACGAGCACGAAUCUGCUGUCGACCUCCCGGGCGAAGCAAGUUAGUACCGGUAACCAUCAAGCGGACGGACUUGCAGCUGCGUCUUUCCUUGACGCAGGAGAAGAGCAUGGCGCCGCGAAGAAAAAAUCGGUCUCCGCUUCGCUUCUGAAAAAACUACCCUCUGCCACUACAACUUCCGGGGGUCGUGAUUAUGCUGCGCAGGCAAAGCAUCCAGAAGGAGCGGAAGAUUUCAUUGACGCAAUCGCGAACAACCCUCCUGUUGUGAAUGACGAUUCUGAAGAUCCUGCCGAGGACGAGCAGCCAGCGCUGACCCCGUCCUCUUCUCACCUCGAACUUGUUACUACGAAAAAAACCAAUUUUCAAAACGCGAACGUCUUCUCGCAAUUCCAGCAAAAGGAAGGAAACUGGGAAGACAAGGCGAUCAAGGGUCCGGAGCAGGAUUUAACCGCCGCGGAUACGACCGAGUGCAGCGACCCGCAAGUCGGGGUUAUCUACACCGGACAGAUCCUGGUUCAAACGGGCAUCACCGGGGGGACGCAGAACGGGAAAGUCGAAGCAGAUGACAAAUUCCCGCAGCCGAACAAUCCCAACGACUGGAAAACCUGGGCGGACCCCAACGGACCAAUCGCAAAGCACGCCGCGAAGAAGUGCUCGAUGUUGUGUAAGUCGCUACCGCAGGAAUUCGCCCCUUCCUCUGGAACCUGCGUCGCUUACACCGUCUGGUUCAACGGGGCUUUUGACCGAAACACCCCCUGGAUGUGCCGCUUGUGGUCCUCGAUCAGUAAGAAGCAGACGAUCCAGCCCGGACCCGAAACGACGAAGAAAAUUGAAGAUGGGGACAAGUUUGGGAACGGCUGGGCGCGGAAAGAGGCGGGGGAUUUGGCCUGGAUCAGCGGCCCGGGCUGUCCGCAAACCAUGACGGGUGCGGCGAACAGCUGGUUGGAUUUCUCCAAUUGCGAAGAUUCCAAACAGGGCGCACAAACUAUCAGAAUGAAAAAUGCCCCCACCCCCGAACUUGAAAGCAUUUGCAUUGCAAACCUUUCCAAAUGAAACAUUCGCCCUCUUGCACCUAUCAGCAUCACAGGCUUCCAAUCGUGAAUAGCGAAAAUUUGUAUUGCAAAAGACCCCAGCAAGAGCGGCGCUUGUCAUGCAAGCGAUGCGGUACACGCCUAGACUCUGCAUCAGAAAGAUUCAUACUCCUUUCAUGCAUGACAAAAAGGUUUCAUUUGGAAACUUCGCAUCACAAAUUUUUGCAAUUUGAGGGGUGGGGGGCACUUUUCACUGUAAUACAAACGAAGGGACUCGGGAAGGACUGGGUGGUUGGGGACAGCCCGCUCUGGUUUAUAACCCGCUCAGGUGUUGCAAUCUCAAAUCGGCUACCAUAGAAUCUGGAAUCUGUGUUGCAAAAUGCGCAACAUCUGGCCUACUCCGACAGGAGCGCGCAUGACAAGUUUCGGAGUUGUUCCAAACCGCAUCAGAAGCUGGCGAACUUUGUAUUGCGAAAGGCCCAAGUCUCUGUAUGGUACUCAUGCUGUUCAUGCAAGACAAAUUUCAGAAUCUAUUGUAAGGCUAACAAUGUUUAAGAUUGUAACACCUGAGCAAGCCAUAUGGUUCGAGGAAAUCGUCUACACCCCGGAAAUCGUGAACCCCGUGGACCAAGCAACCGGCGACGUUGGCUGGGGCUACACGGUUUGCUGGGGGUUGUGCCGGUUGUACGAUUUCUGUGAGUCGUUCUCCGUCGGGUGGCAGAACGGGCUACCGGGGCCGGCCUGCUGGCUGCGGAAGGCCGACCCCAAUGGAAUUGAGCAGGACUGGAAGGACAGCACCAACAUUCACAGCGGGAAAUUGGAAUGUAUCCCGCAACCGUGGACGGAGCCUCCGCCUGUCCCCGCUCCGUUGCCUGCUCCAACGCCGGUCCCAGCACCGAUGCCGAGUCAACCAAUCACGACGCCGUUGCCGAUCAUCCUCCCGCCGGAAGAGCCAGCGCCGUGUCGCAUCUGGUUGCUGUUGAUCGGUGCGGGGCUGUUCAUGCUGUGCUGCGCUUCGGCGACCGCGGCCACGGUGGUGAAGGAGAAUGAGUUGCUGAAGUACAACAGCCAUGCAAUGCAAAUAUCCCUGGAUGUCUGGAAGGUUGCAACGUGUGAUGCUGUCUCUGGAUGCUAAAAAAAUCUGUAUUGCGUGACCAGCAAGAGGAGCCCAGUUUGUGUACUAACGCGGGGAGGGCAUUUGUCAUGCGGAAUAGGCAUCAAGAAGCUUUCGAAAAGUCUGUGAUGCUAGGUCAUCCAUUACAGACAUCAUGGGCUAUGGACAACAUGCAUGACAAACCUAGCAAUCUAGUUCCAGACCCAGACAUAUUUGCAAUGCAUAACAGCUUCAGCGAGACGAAUGUGAAAGUGGAUGUGGAAACCGAGGAAUGGGAGCAGAAUUGGGAAGAAAAUUCUAAUGCGUACGGAGUGAAGACGAAAGCAGGGAAAGCCGCUUUGGAAAAACGCAGGGCGAAUAAAACCUCCAAAGACCGAGAUUUAUCGGCGAGCAGCAACGCCACUUCCGAAACGUCGAAGGCAGCGAAGAAUUCGCUCGCGAAAAGGAAAAUGAAAAAGAAGGAAAAAGAAGAUGACACUGGUAUCACGACCGAAACGUCUCUUGAAGCUGUUACGGGGGAUGAUGACACGACAGAGCAGGAGUUAACUGACUCUGAAACCGCGAGUUCCGCGAUACUGAAAACAGCCACUGCGAAGAAAAAAGCGAAGCCGAAGGGGAAUGCGGUACUCGACGCGGAAACGGAAAAAGCCGCAACGGAUUUGGCUGCAAAUCUGAAGUUGACGAAUGGAUACGCCGUGAGACUCGCGAAGGCCAUGGUAGAUCCGGAUCUCGCUGGGAAGCCGUUGCCAAAGCCGAAGAAGAAGGUGGAUCGAGAGGCGAUGCUCGCGGCGAAUAUCGACGUGGACAAAGGGGACAUGGCACAGAUGAUGAAUUUGAUCUCUGCGGUAUCCCAAGGAAAAACGUCCCCAUCCCAGAGUUGUCAUGCAGAUCUGCAUGCUGAAGAUGUUCUGUUUCUCAUGCGGAGCCCCAUGAGAAGCGCUUUCGAGUCGUGCUGCGGAAUUUGUCAUGCUUCAAUCAGCAUAAUGUGUUAACAGAUCUGUGAUGCUGGUGAACCACCUAAAUCGAGGAUUACACUACGAGCCCAGGAGAUGAGGACUUGUCAUGCGCAGCAACCAAAGCGUGUUGAUUUGUCUAGCAGAUUUCCCAUCUUGACUAUGAAAUGGGGACGUUUUUCCUCAGGAUAUGCGACGGCUGGUAAAAGGGAUUUGUCCGCGGUUCCGGGUGUUGGUGCGGUGUCAGGUCGAGAUCCGGGGGAGAGGGCGGAAGCUUUGUCUCUACAGUCCGGACAAGCGAAGAAACUUCUGGAUGCCGAUGUCUCCGACUUGGAUUCCACCCCGUCUGAACCUACGACUGGGGAGAGAGCGAAGUCGGCUAAGUUGCGGAAAAAGAAAUCGAAGAAAGACAGUGUGAAAAGAGAAUCGAAUUUGAACAAGGAGACAAAAACCGACAGUGAAAAAGCCGACUCCGACUUCCAGGGCGGCCCGGCGACUGCGGGGAAAAAGAAGAGAAAAACGGAACAGAAUUUGGACAAAGAGGCCGGUGUCACUACGGAAAGCAAUGCGUCAAGCGGGGAAAAAGCCACGAAGGCGAGUCUGAAAAAGAAGAAAUCCUCGGUGAAAAAGAAAUUGGAUUCCCAGAAAUCCUUGAAAGGGGCGCGGGAAUCGGAUGCACCGGGCGAAACCGCUGGGACAACUGCUGCUUUACAAACUGCUGUUGCGCCGGGGGGGAAAGUUUUGCAAGUCAGCGCGGAUCUCGAUACGGAAAGCGAGCUCGAGCCCGGGGAGAAAGCGAAGCAAGCUAGCCUGCGGGGUAGUAAGAAGGAAAAAAAGAAGAAACUCGAAACGGAAAAGGAGUUGACUACCGACCAAGACACUGAACAAGGUGAGACUGCGAACAAAGCGAGUCUUAGGUCCAGUAAGAAAGAGAAGAAAAAGAAGCUCGAAACGGAGAGGGAUUUAACUACAGAUCAAGACACUGAACAAGGUGAGACUGCGAAGAAAGCGAGCCUGCGCUCCUCGAAGAAAGAGAAGAAGAAAGCGCUCGACGCAGAGAAAAAUCUCACUGCGGAGUCUGAGCCCGAAGCAGGGGAGUCCGCGACGAAACUUUCCUUGAAGCAGGGGAAAAAAUCGAAGAAGGACGCAUCUCUUCGGACGAGCAAGGAUUUGGCCGCUGGUGUUUUACCGGAUGGGGAUUUAGAAAUUGCGGGAACAGGAGCUUCCUUGCAGAAGAAAAAGUCAUCUUCCCGAAAGGAAAAAUCCUUAAAAGCAGAAACCGUAUGCAUUGCAAAUCUGUCUUGGUCUGGAAACUUGUGAUGCAAGUCAGUGAACAAUAAGUGAAGUGUAAUGCGCAGCCAAGCAUGACAAGUGUUUUCGUGCUUCUGUGCUGCGCAUUCCGCAUGAGAGCCUGCGUUUUUGCAUGACAGGCGAGAGAGGCUGUUCCGAUGGCCUCACGCAAUACAGAGUGCAGAGUCAUGCCAGACUAGCAUGACAAAUGUUGCAAUCUUCCAGACCCAGACAUGUUUGCAGUUGAUAAACGGAACUUGACACGGAUUUUGAGAUCACCGAGGCCUUUCGAAUCCUGAAGAAAGCGGGGUUGGAAAAGGCUUACGCAAGAAAACUCGCGGCGACCAUUGCGGACAAGGAUCUAAACGCGGAGCAAGUUCUAUGGGAGUGCACAACCCCCCCUCCCCCUCAUUUGUGAUGCAGAAUGCCUAAUUUACACCCUGCCUCUGGGCUCAUCUGUUAGCAUGACAAGUUCUGGCAGCCCAAAUGGCACUACACUUCUGUCCAAAUUUGUCAUGCAAAACCUGUAUUCUUGCUGACGCCUGUAUUGCUGUUCAUGCAAUACAAAUGAGGGGGAGUGGGAGUUGUGCACAUUCAUAAGCUCCUACCCCGCCGAAUGAUCUGGACGCGCAGAAACUGGAAGAGCUCGGCUUUGGUCUCGGUGAGUCGGUCGGAAAACUCCGAUUGGCGGUGGCCAAGACGAAACAGAAGCAACAAGCCCUGAAAGCGGAAAAAUCAUUGCAAAAAGAGCAGAGGCCGUCCGCCGCGGAAUCGGCGCAAUCCAUGUCUUUACGGACUUCCCGGACUGUAUGGAAGUGUCAGGAUCGAAAUCGUCAGAGUUGAAAUAAUUUGUGAUGCAUAAAAUGCAGCCCACAAAGUGCCUGUCUUGCAGAGUAGGCAAGAGAGGCAGCUUGUAAGCCUGUUGAGGGGUAGAAACUAAGCAGCUAAAGGAGCAUGACAAAAGGCGUCUUCCUUACCCAAACAGCAUGACAAACUGGAUUUCGGUUCUGCCUAGAUUUGUCAUGCGCCACUUGGAAACUGGGUUACAACUUUCAUCCAUUUUAUGCAUGGCAAACUAUUUCAACUUUGACGAUUUCAAACCUGACACAUCCAUAGACUGUGAAGAAACAAAAAUUGGCCACCGAUCAGAUCAUCACUGCUGCACCGGAACGGAACGAAGUUAUGGAUUGCAAAAAUGUCUGGGUCCGGAAGAAUGCAAUCUUGUGAUGCUGCAUUUGGAUUCCUAAAAAAUCUGUAUUGCAUAAGCAGCAAAGGAAAUGCAAUUUUGGCCGCGCGGAGAGGGCAUUUAUCAUGCGGAAUAGGCAUCGCAGACAGAGCCCUCAAAAAGUCUGUGAUACUAGGGCAUGCAUCACAGACAUCAUGGCCCAUGCAAAACGUGCAUGACAAGUCUCAGAAAUUUCCAGACCCAGACAUUUUUGCAAUUGAUAGAAGUGGAGAAUGUGCUAGUCGAAGCGGGGAUCGGGAAGAAAUACGCGAAAAAAUUGGCCAGGAAGUUAAACGAUCCAGAUUUGGAUGCCGUGCCAGUACCCGCAGACGAGAAGGAUUUGUCUGUCCUUCAAUCACUCGGUUUGUUCGGAGAGAAGGAAUCUUCCAUGGAAAAGAUGCGUCUUUGGGCAGCAGCAGCGGCGAAAGCGAAAAAGAAAAAGAAGCCAAUGGAGUUUGGAACGGAUACUAUUUCUGUCGAUUUUGCGGUGGCGGAAAAAGCUCUUUUAAAACUCGGAUUGGAAAAAAUGCAAGCGAAGAAACUCGCGGAAAAAAUCGCCAGUCCGGAUUUAAACGCCGAAGAAACCUUAAGUGACACACUGGAUGAAAAGUCACUGAAACUGUUGCAAACGUUAGGUUUCGGCGGGAGUGAGAAAAUCACCCAGACAGCCCAGUGGAUUCAAAAAGAAGCGAUAAACAACAAGAGGGAAGAGACUUGUUUGACCACCAUGACAUUAGACGCAGGGAUUUCCGAGAAAGCUCUUCUCUCUGCCGGGAUGACUGCGAAAUUUGCGAAGAAGCUCGCGAAGCAACUCGGCGAUCCGAAUUUAACGGCGGAGGAAACGCUUGCAGAGCCGGACAAUGAGAAGGAUUUGCAGAUUUUGAAGCACAUGGGGAUUUUUGGCGACACAGAAAAAGUUGGGACCAUGCGGGGGUACUUGCACCAGAAACUGGAGCAGAAAUACGGGGUGGAUGAGAAUGGAAACUUGAACAUCACGGCAGAUAUCACGAUCGAUUUUGGAACUUCUGAGGAGGCGUUUGUGCAGCAAGGCUUUUCGAAAAAGACCGCGAAGAAACUGGCGAAGAGAGUGGUGGAAAAAGAUGUCGAUGAAACCGAAGCCUCGCUAAGAGAAGACAUGGACGAAAAGGAUUUGGAGCUGAUGGAGCAACUGUACGGGCCCGGAUUUUUCGAUAACAACCCGACGGAACUGAACGAGCAAAUGGAAGGUUUUGUGAAGCGGCAGGUGUUGAUGAAGCAGAAACGAAUCUCCAUUGAUUUAUCGACCAUGAAGUACGCCGAUGUGGACUUCGGCAAUGCAGAGGAAAUUUUCGUGUUGAAAGGGUUUGAGCCCCUGAUGGCGAAGAAGGUCGCGAAGGCGGUGGUGAAAAACGAUAAGGAGGGACUUGCGGAGUUGAUUGAAAAUGGUGAUUCGGGCGAAUUAGCUAUCAAAAUGAAAAAUCCCCCCACCCCAUACUCAAACUUGAAAGUUGUGAUGCAGAUUUGUGGCCACAAAUCAGCUUUGUCAUGCUAGAAGGGAAAAGAUGCGGACUGUAGUGCUGGUUGGCGUGGGAAAGCCUUGCAUCUUCAGCAUGACAUGGGGCAGCUGGAAGUGAGAAACUGCAUGACAAAUUGCCUGCAAAUGAGGCCACAGCUGCGUCUCUUGGCCUUCUAGCAUUACAAGUCGAUUUGUGUACUCAAAUACAGCAUCACAAAUUUCGUUUUCGAUAUGGGGAGGGGGGAUUUUUCAUUCUGAUAUUAGCGGCCGCGGAUGUACCGGGUCAGAAGGAAUUGUUGGCGGCUCUAGCCGGGACAGGAGAUUUGAAAUCCGAUGUUGCGAUGGACAAUCUGAUAUGGAUUGCAAAUAUGUCUGGGUCUGCAAACUUGUAAUGCUGAGUUGUGAAUAGUGAAUGGUCUGUAAUGCAUAGCCAAGCAUGAGAAAUAUUUCCGGGGCUUAGUGUUGCGUUUUCCGCAUGACAAACUGCGUCCUUGCAUGACAAGCAAAUGGGUCUCUUCUUGGACACGCAUCACAGACUUUUCAGUCAUGCCAGGCAAGCGUGACAAACCUUGCACCCUUCCAGACCCAGACAUUUUUGCAUUUGAUAUCUGAAAGAUAUGUUGGAGGAGGAAAUCGACAACAACAAAGAGAAAUACGCAAUGCCGGAGAAGCCGAUUCUUCGCAGCAGGGCGUCCUCGAAGAAGAAGAGAUCUCCUUCGGAGAUUCUGGUUGAUCCUGCUAGUACUGGAGCUCUACUACUACCUCCUGACGCAGAACUUGCUGGCGUGAAUAUGAAAGCAGGUGGAUUUUUACCACAGAGAAAGCCGAAGAAAGAGCCGCCCAGUGCCUUUAUGCAGUCCUGUUGCUGCUGCUUUCUCGGAAGUAGCGGUCAAGACGACGAGGGUGCAGACGAUUUGUAUAAUGCGCCGGCAGUUCAAGUUCAAGGAGGAGGAGGUGAAUCUGUUCAGCCGAUUGGCAUCGCGAAGCCGAUCCACCUCAAGAUUGAGGAAGCGGCGACAGAUUCGGAGCAAGGAAGAAUCGCCACCGAUGAAAUCCGAUGA